AAAUGUUUUUUAAACAAAAUGUAAUAUAAAAUCUUUCAUAAUGUUAUUUGUUAAUUAUAAAUUUUAUUUUUUACACUAUACACCUAAAUAUAUUUUAAAUGACAACUCUUCUGAAGAUUCCUGUACUAAUAGUAGGUUCUGGUCCAGUCGGAACUACUCUAUAUCUCUUGUUAUCUCGGAUGAGGAUUCCUUCAUUAUUGGUUGAAAAGAAUACGGUUUCGAGAAGUCAUCCAAGAGCUCAUUACUUGAGUAAUCGAUCAAUGGAAAUUUGGAGACAACUGGGUCACGUUGACAAAUUGUUUGAGUGUUUCUUGGAACCUCUCGAUUUAUGGAGAUAUUUCAAGUAUUGCCGACAUGUAAUUGAUCCACAAUUGAACCUGUACGCAGUUCAAGACCAUUUUUCUGACAACUACAGAUACAAAAAUACAUAUUUUGAAGAAUUAAGCCCAAGUAGAAUUGCUAACUUCCCUCAACAUAAAUUGCUGUUUCUUUUAAAAUCCUUGUCACUGGAUAGGUCUCAACUUUAUAAAGAUGAUAAAAAAGAAUUUUUGUCCUGGAUGCAGAGCGAAUACAAAUCGAUAUUGUCUAAAUUUAAAAUUGACAAUUCCAAAGCCGAAAACUUACUGAAGCUAGACAGACCAUUAACUUUCGCUCAAUUUGCUGACUUUGAUUCUAGUCCUGAAUUUGUAACAUCCAUUCCUUUUAUAGACGGAGGACUAAAAUUUGAGGGAUUUUUAACAAGAGAUAAAUUUAUUGUAUCUAGUGUAAGAAACGUAAGAGACGGGUCCCUGUGUAAUAUACACAGUUUGUUUGUAGUAGGCACAGAUGGAAUACAUUCGAAAGUAUCUGAAGAAUUGUUCGGGGAAAGAAAUGUGAAUUCAAAUGUCAAAGAUACUUCUAACUUAAAGGAAGUAAUAAGUGUUUAUUUCGAGUCGGAACAACUCGGUGAGAUUGUUUCUUCAAAUCCAGCUAUGAUGUAUUUCAUUUUCUCUCAGUGUAUUUGUGUACUAGUUUGUCAAGGAGGAAAGCCGGCUGAAUUUGUUGUACAAAUUCCGUUUUUCCCGGAAUUCGAAACAACAGAAUAUUUUAAUGAGAAAAACUGCUCUAUUCUUAUUAAUGAAGCAGUUGGAACUAAACUCGCUGACUUAAAAAUUCAUAAAAUCAAAAAAUGGACUGUUACAACUGAUGUUGCAAAAAGUUUCAUAGAUAAACAAACCUGUAGGAUAUUUUUGGCGGGAGAUGCGGCCCACUUAGUGGCACCAGCUGGCGGACUUGGAAUGAAUAUGGGUAUAUCAGACACAUAUAACCUUGCUUGGAGAAUUGCUAGAGUUAUCUACUCUAAAUCGUUAAAUCAAGGUUUAUUUGACUUUGAUAAUCUAAUGGAAAAUAUAUCCGAAAAUGGAUUGUCGGAAGAUGACAAGAAACUACUAACUGAAUACUCUUUGGAGCGUAAAGCGGUGGCAGAGUAUACACGUGAUGUGUGUUUAAAAGAGGUUGAAAAUGGUUCGAAAUUCGCUAAGUAUCUGUGGUAUAACCAUGGUAACACCCAGACUAUUCUUAACCUAUUGUCGCCAAUCGUUUCAAAUAAAUCGGGAUUUUUCCCAAUUCUAUUUAAUUGUAUUAAAUCCUUGAUGAAAUACUUGUAUAACACGCCCAAAAGCAUGGAUACAAUCUCUAGUUUUUCAAAAAUUUUAUUUUCAAAGCAAGACGGUUCCCUGGGUCUAGCAUUUCCGGGUUCCGAUUUGGCCUAUUCAUACAAUUAUGGCGAUUUAAGGGUAGAAUCUAAAAUGACAAAUUCUAUUUAG